AUGAAACAUAGAGAAUGGGAACUUGUUCGCACGUACCUCGACCGCGGGCCGACGUUCUGGCGGAUCAUCAAGAACAAGGACGUGGAGGAGUUCAAGUCGGACCCGUACCUAGCGACGCUGCUCAACUGCAUGCUCUGGGUGUUCUACGGCAUCCUCUGCGUCAUAUUCGGCUCGGCAAUGUACGCCUCCCCCCUCAGCAUCAUGGGUAAAGUGAUCAAGACCAAGAGCGUCGAGUACAUGCCCUUCUUCCUGUCGCUGGUGAGCUUCCUCAACGGCGUCUGCUGGACGUCCUACGCUCUCAUCAAAUUCGACCUCUACGUCACGAUCCCCAAUGGCCUCGGUGCGCUGUUCGGCCUCGUCCUGUACGCCUGCUACUACAGGCCGACCCCCAAGAAGGAGAAGAGCGUAAAGCUCAAAUGUGAUUGAAGGCUCCUGGCUCCUUGACUGCAAUAACAAGUGCUAGCUACAGUAAGAACAAGGGAAUCUAGAGACCGAGACUGAAAGAAAAGGCUAGGCUACUUCUAUUCGUUAUUCGUUUCCCAUAUGA